AUGAGCUCCCUCAAGUUCGUGGUGUCCUCCCUGGACGCCAUCGCAACCUCCAAAGAUGCCCAGCGCAACAAGCAGCUGGUUGACUCGGCGAAAAAGGCCCUCGACGCCAUCAAGGAACAGGACCAGCUUCCCGACCCCGAGCUCAUCUUUGCGCCGCUACAACUCGCCACCAGGUCAAACAACCCCCAGCUGACCACGGCCGCCCUCGACUGCAUCGGCAAGCUCAUCUCCUACUCCUUCUUUUCUCUCCAGACAAAUGGCCAUGCCCCCCAAGACGCCGCCGCCCCCGCGGCCCCUCUCAUCGAGCGCGCCAUCGAUGCCAUAUGCGAUUGCUUCCAAGGCGAGACCACGGCCGUCGAGAUCCAGCUACAGAUCGUCAAGUCCCUGCUCGCCGCCGUCCUCAACGACAAGAUCGUCGUCCACGGCGCAGGCUUGCUCAAGGCCGUGCGCCAAGUCUACAAUGUCUUUCUCCUCUCCCGAAGUACCGCCAACCAGCAAGUCGCCCAGGGCACCUUGACCCAGAUGGUCGGCACAGUCUUCGAGCGAGUCAAGACGAGGCUGCAUAUGAAAGAAUCCAGAUUGAGCCUGGGCAAUCUCAAGCAUAGCUCGAGCAACGUCACCUUCGAUCCCUCCGAUGCUGUCGCCCUCGCCGGGCCCCCUAGCCAUCGAGACGAAUCGCCUACUCCCCAGUCCGACCCCGACUCCAUCGACCAGCCCGGCGAUGGUGCUAAACUCACUUUGAAGGACCUAGAACAUCGCAAAAGCUUCGACGACUCCAACCUCGGCGACGGUCCAACCAUGGUGACCAGGUUGGCGCCCGCCAAGGAGGCCGACACAGAUGCCUCGGCAUCGGGGCAGUCGGCGCGCGAGUCUUCUGAAGACGACGAUGCUCUGGACGCCGAGGAUGAGGUCUACGUCCGCGAUGCCUAUCUCGUCUUUCGCUCUUUUUGCAACCUGUCCACAAAGGUCCUUUCCCCCGACCAACUCUUUGAUCUACGCGGCCAGGCCAUGCGCUCCAAGCUCAUCUCCCUCCACCUCAUCCACACCCUCCUCAACAACAACAUUACCGUUUUCACAUCGCCCCUCUCCACCAAGUUCUACCUCUGUCUCAGCAUCACCCGAAAUGGCGCCAGCUCGGUUGACCGCAUAUUCGACGUUUGCUGUGAGAUAUUCUGGCUUAUGCUCAAGUACAUGCGGCCAUCCUUCAAGAAAGAGAUUGAAGUUUUCCUCAACGAGAUCUACCUGGCGCUCCUGUCUCGACGUAAUGCGCCAGUCACGCAGAAGCUCUGUUUUGUGACCAUUUUGAACAGACUGUGUGCUGACCCGCGCGCCUUGGUCGAGAUUUACCUCAACUAUGACUGUGACCAAACAGUCGAUAACAUCUUCCAAACCAUUGUCGAGGAUCUCUCCAAGUUCUCCACGACCCCGGUUGCCAUUACAAGUACUAAUGAACAGAUAUACGAGGAUCUUCGCGCCAAGACGCUGCCUGCGAGCGAGUGGCAACUAAAAGGCAUCUUACCCCCGCCGCUGACUGUGGCCCAGAUCGUGCCACACCAGGAGAGCGAACCGGACUUUCCCAAGGAGUAUGCCAUUAAGCGCAUGUCUUUGGAAGCCUUGGUGGAAGCCUUGAGGUCCUUGGUGAACUGGUCUGCCUCGGUCCGAACCGAUGGCGAGAUGCUCAAGUCAACGGGCGAAAACAAAUUUUCUCUGGAUGAAGUCCGGCCGUCCAUCGAUCCCACCGCCAGCGACAGCGCUUCUCGUCUAGAGACACCGCUGGCCCCGUCGACUCCUCUUGUCGAAGACGACCCAGAUCACUUGGAAAAGGAGAAGGCGCGCAAGACGGCGCUCACCAAAGCCAUUGCGCAGUUCAACUUCAAGCCCAAGAAGGGUAUCAAGUUGCUGCUGCGAGAUGGCUUCAUACCCGGGGACAGCCCCGAGGAGAUUGGCAACUACCUGCUCAAGGAGGACAAGCUCGACAAGGCGCAGAUUGGCGAAUUCCUUGGCGAAGGAGACCAGUAUAACAUUGACAUCAUGCAUGCCUUUGUCGACGCAAUGGAAUUUACCCGGAAGAGGUUUGUCGAUGCACUGCGACAGUUUCUACAAGCGUUCAGGCUCCCGGGAGAGGCUCAAAAAAUUGACCGUUUCAUGCUCAAGUUCGCCGAGCGAUACGUCAAGGGAAACCCAAAUGCAUUUGCCAAUGCUGACACGGCCUAUGUCUUGGCAUAUUCCGUCAUCUUGCUCAACACGGACCAGCACAGCAGCAAGAUUGCCAAGCGGAUGAGUAAGGAAGAGUUCAUCAAGAAUAACCGAGGCAUCAACGACAACGCCGAUCUGCCAGACGAGUAUCUCAUCAGUAUUUUCGAUGACAUUGCGAGCAAUGAAAUCGUUCUCAACAGUGAACGUGAGGCUGCAGCGGCGGCCGGCACGCUGACCUCGCAACCUACCGGCCUCGCCGCCGGCUUCGGUCACGCUUUGUCAAAUGUCGGGCGCGAUUUGCAGCGCGAAGCCUACGUUCAGCAGUCGGAGGAGAUUUCGUUGCGAUCUGAACAGCUCUUCAAGAACUUGUUCAAAAGCCAGCGCCGCAGUGCCACCAAGGCCGGACCCAAGUUCAUACCGGCAACGUCUUUCAAGCACGUCGGCUCCAUGUUUGACGUUACCUGGAUGUCCUUCUUCUCUGCCCUCUCCAGCCAGAUGCAAAAGGCCCACAACAUCGAGGUCAGCAAACUGUGCUUUGAAGGCAUGAAACUCGCGACCAGGAUCGCUUGCCUGUUUGAGCUUUCAACCCCAAGGGAGGCCUUCGUUUCGGCGCUCAGAAACACCACCAACCUCAAUAAUCCCCAAGAAAUGCUAGCUAAGAACAUUGAGGCCCUCAAGGUUCUCCUGGACCUGGGGCAGACCGAAGGCAACCUGCUACGGGAGUCUUGGAAAGAUAUUCUCAUGUGUAUCAGCCAGCUAGAUCGGCUGCAGCUGAUAACAGGAGGCGUCGAUGCGAACGCGAUUCCCGAUGUCUCUCAGGCUCGCUUCAUGCCGCCUUCGCGGGCCGACACAUCUGAAUCGAGAUCAUCGAAUCAUUCACGGCCGUCGAAACCUCGGCAAAGAGCUGGCACUGGACCCCGAGGCUUCUCCCACGAGAUUGCUCUGGAAAGCCGCUCAGACGAUUUCAUUCGCAGCGUCGAUCGCAUCUUCACAAACACAGCCAAUCUCUCCGGCGACGCCAUGCUUCACUUCGCCAGGGCGCUCACCGAGAAGAUUGUGGAGAUUAGUUACUACAACAUGAACCGUGUCAGGUUUGAGUGGAGCCAUAUUUGGGAUGUCUUUGGCGAGCACUUCAAUCAGGUCGGAUGCCACAACAACAUGAAUAUUGUCUUCUUUGCCUUGGAUUCGCUGCGGCAACUGUCGAUGAGGUUCCUCGAGAUUGAAGAGCUGGCGGGCUUCAAGUUCCAAAAGGACUUUUUGAAGCCCUUUGAGCUCGUGCUCGCCAAUUCUCACAACGUCACGGUCAAAGACCUGGUGCUGCGGUGUCUCGUCCAGAUGAUCCAGGCCAGAGGGGAUAACAUCCGCUCUGGCUGGAGAACAAUGUUUGGGGUCUUUACUGUCGCCGCAAGGGAGCCGCACGAGAGCAUCGUGACCUUUGCGUAUGAGAAUGUCAACCAAGUUUAUAAGGACAAGCUUGGGGUUGUCAUUUCUCAGGGUGCUUUCACGGACUUGAUUGUCUGCCUGACAGAAUUCUCCAAGAACAUGAAGUUUCAGAAGAAGAGCCUGGCCGCGCUGGAACUCCUAAAGUCCAUCAUCCCCACGAUGCUGAGGACCCCAGAGUGCCCGCUUUCCCAGCAGGCCAAGCAGGCUGAUGGCAAGGCCGACGCUAGCAGCAAGUCUCAGGAAAAACGGAAGCAAACCAAAACAUCGGCCGAGGAGGGAUUCUGGUUCCCGAUUCUGUUUGCCUUCCACGACGUGCUCAUGACCGGUGAAGACCUCGAGGUGCGGUCCAACGCACUGGAGUAUUUCUUUGCGGCACUCGUCAAGUAUGGCGGCGAUUUCACGCCCGAGUUUUGGGACAUCCUAUGGCGACAGCAGCUGUACCCGAUUUUCAUGGUGUUGAGAUCUCGGCCGGAAAUGACGAAUGUUCUCAACCACGAGGAGCUGUCUGUCUGGUUGUCGACAACCAUGAUCCAGGCGCUGCGCAAUAUGAUCACGCUCUUCACGCAUUACUUUGAUGCCCUCGAGUACAUGCUCGACAGGUUUCUCGAACUGCUCGCCCUCUGCAUCUGCCAAGAGAACGAUACGAUUGCCCGGAUCGGCAGCAACUGCUUGCAGCAGCUCAUCCUCAAAAACGUGACCAAGUUCACGGCAGAACACUGGACCAAGAUUGUCGGGGCGUUCUGUGAGCUCUUUGAACGGACAACCGCUUACCAGCUGUUUACGGCAACGAACAUGAGCCCGACGGCGUCGCUGUCGCUUCCAUCCAACGGCUUUGACUUUCCGACGAGCCUGGGCUCGCCCCAAGAGGCCCCGCCCACUGUGGACGAAAAGUCUUUGAGAAUCAAUGGCAAUGAGGAAAACGGUGCCGUGUCUGACGGAGAGUUGAUCAAUCGACAGCCUUCGCCAAAGCCAAUGGACGACGAGCUGCAAAGUCCCACCGGGACCAGCGGCCACCCCCUCGAAGAGUUCAAGCCCUCGUCCAAUCUCCAGCAGCAGCCCGUGGUGGUGACGGCGGCGCGCCGGCGCUUCUUCAACCGCAUCAUCUCGCGCUGCGUCCUGCAGCUGCUCAUGAUUGAGACGGUCAACGAGCUCUUCAGCAACGACACCGUGUACACCCACAUCCCCUCGGCGGAGCUCCUGCGGCUCAUGGGGCUGCUGAAGCGCUCCUUUCAAUUCGCUCGCCGAUUCAACGAGGACAAGGAGCUUCGUAUGCGCCUCUGGCGCGAGGGGUUCAUGAAGCAGCCGCCCAAUCUUCUCAAGCAGGAGAGUGGGUCCGCCGCGACCUACGUCUCCAUCCUGUUCAGGAUGUUUGCGGACAACGCGCCGGAGAGACUGGAGAGCAGGCCCGACAUCGAGGCGGCGCUGGUCCCUCUGUGCAAGGACAUCAUCGCGGGCUACUCGUCGCUCGCCGAGGAGAGUCAGCACCGGAACAUCAUGGCGUGGCGGCCCGUCGUGGUGGACGUGCUGGAGGGGUACGCCACGUUCCCCGAGGACGCCUUCAAGGCGCACAUCCCCGGCUUCUACCCGCUGGCGGUGGACCUGCUGAGCAAGGACCUCAGCCAAGACCUGCGGGGUGCGCUUCUCGUGGUCCUGCGCCGCGUGGGCGAGGUCGGGCUGGGCAUUGACGGCAUGACCAAGGCGGGCGAGCAGAGGCAGGACAGCAUCAUCAGCGACUUCCGGGAGGGGUCGGUAGCGGGGGACCAAGAAGCCGCUGCGCGGAGGAUGCUGUAG